GAUGCGUUUCAACUCAACGCUGUAAUUGACCGAUUAUCGCCAGAGAAAUUGGUCUCCAUCACCAAAUCUAUUUGUGAAAAAUGUCCAGCUGCCAGAGAGCUCUUUAGUGAUUCCCUCUUCGUGAGCGAGUCCGAGGUUCCCAACUCAGGGGCAGCCCGCGCUGGAGCUUCUAGUACAGGCAACAAUGAGAGCGAAAGAGAGAUUACAUCUUCCGCAAAGUCUGUCAAUCUCAAAAGGAAACAAGCAAAUUAUGAUCUCUGCGUAAACUGCGAGAAGAAAUUUGAUGUUACCGAAAAUUCUCCGAAUAGCUGUUCCUAUCACCCAGCCAACAUGUGGUAG